AUGGGUAAAUCUGUUUAUGCAUUUCAAAUGAUGAACGAUAAAGAAAUACCAAACACAAUCGUUCGUAGUAGUACGAUACCUGAAGAAUUGGGUCGAAUCGAAUAUCUUUUAUCUGAUAAAACCGGCACUCUAACAAAAAAUGAUAUGGAACUUAAGAAACUUCACAUGGGAACAAUGGCAUACAAUAUUGAAUCAAUGGAUGAAGUUGCGACUCAACUCGCAGCUGCGUUCGGAAAAGCAAAAGCAUCUGGUCCUUCUACAACUAUGACUGGAAAAGGCCGCAGAGACAUGUCCUCUAGAGUUAGGGAUAUUGUAUUAGCUCUUGCGUUAUGUCAUAAUGUUACACCUGUUAUUGAUGCAGAUAGUGAUGCCAUUGCAUACCAAGCGUCUUCUCCAGAUGAAAUUGCUAUUGUUAGUUGGACUGAACAAGUUGGACUCACUCUGGUUUUUCGAGAUAUGAAUGAAAUACACCUUCGUACAGCGAAUGGUGACAUUCUAGAAUACUCAAUCCUUCAGACAUUCCCAUUUACAAGUGAGUCUAAAAGAAUGGGUAUUAUAGUGAAAGAUAAAGUUACUGGGGAAAUAAUGUUUUAUCAAAAGGGUGCAGAUGUUGUGAUGAGUAAAAUUGUACAAUAUAAUGAUUGGUUGGAUGAAGAAUGUGACAAUAUGGCUAGAGAAGGGUUGAGAACAUUGGUUAUUGCACGUAGGAGGUUAUCUGAGGAUACAUAUACUGAGUUUCAAGACAGGUUUAAUGAAGCAAAAGUGAGCAUAACUGAUCGUAAAGCUCAAGAACAAUCAGUAGUUAUUUCACUUUUAGAACAAGAUUUAGAACUUUUGGGUGUAACUGGUGUAGAAGAUAAACUUCAAGAUGAAGUAAAAAAUACGUUAGAACUUUUGAGAAAUGCAGGGUUAAAAAUUUGGAUGUUAACGGGAGAUAAAAUUGAGACAGCUACAUGCAUUGCCGUUUCAUCAAAGCUGGUAUCGCGAAACCAAAGUAUACAUCAAGUAUCACGAGUGACCUCUCCACAUGAAGCUUUGGAGCAAUUAGAAAUCCUGCAAAGCAAAAAAGAUACUUGUCUAGUGAUUGAUGGGGUUUCAAUUCAGUUUUAUAUGGAACAUUAUAAAAAUGAAUUCAUCGAAAUAGCUGUACGCUUACCGGUUGUUGUAGCUUGUCGAUGUUCACCUACUCAAAAGGCUGAUAUUACGAAACUCAUUAUUGAUUUCACGGGGAAGAGAGUAUGCUGCAUAGGAGAUGGUGGUAAUGACGUUAGUAUGAUUCAAGCAGCUCAUGUUGGAGUUGGAAUAGUUGGAAAAGAAGGAAGGCAAGCUUCAUUGGCGGCAGAUUUUUCCAUAACACAAUUUAGUUACUUGACUAAAUUGCUAUGUAUUAUGGCAUGGUAG